AUGUGGAUUGAAGCGGCUGUGGCACUGGCUGUGGGUGGAAGUGGCACUGGCAGUGGUCGAGCUAGAUAUUGCGUACACAUCAAGCUCUUUAUCGUCAUGUCCCGGACCAGGCCCGGUCCAAUUCGUAGCGAAGAGCCGCCGGGCGUUAGCGUAGUGUGCAAAUCGAUCGACGGCUGCUGUCCGAAAGGCGAAGGCGGCCUCUUCUACACCGGCUUUCGCUACAUCGGGCUUUACAACAAGACCAUCGGUGCCUGCUUCCUGGGUGGUCUUGAAUCGAGCGACUGGAGCAAGGUGUACAGCUUGCAGCGAAGUUGGUUCACCGUCUUCACGCUGUUAUGCCUCUUCGGAAGCUUGGUGUGCGGCUUCUCAGCUGUGGUGGAGUACGAGCUUUGCAGCCGUCAGUUGAGCGAGGCUAACCGCUUCCAUGCCGCGGCGUACGCUUCCUACGUGAGCUGCGUGAUCAUCGAGAGCGUGGUCAACUACACCAUGUCGCUGGUGCGUGCCCCUAGACUCCGGGGCCUGAUCAUCAAGUGUUCCGAGCUCGAGAUGUGCCUGCGGACGCCUCCUGGCUCAAAGCGACGCACGAAGCUGUACGCCGUCAGUGUGAUGACCUUCUACGCUGUGCAGAUCGCCCUGUGCAUGUCGCUGGCCGUGGCCACCGACUGCGGCGCCUCGAUGCUGCAGGACAAGGCGUCGCCGCUGAUGAAGAUCUACUCGCGGGGCCUCGGCACCUGGUACAUCCUGGUGCUCGUGCCGCAGUGCCUGGGGCCCCGUCUCUGCAUGUCCUACUCGUUUGCCGUGUUCCGCUUGCACCUGCACUGCAUCGGGCAGGAGAUCAAGGGGUGCCUACGCUCCACCAGCAUGACACCUGAUCAGAUAUCCUGGCGAGCGAAGGCCGAGGUUACGGAGCAGUGUCGUACCCUGCUGCACAGGCUAAGGGAGUGCCUGCAGGAAACCGGCAUCAUCCUGGGUCCUGGUCUGCUGUUCACGUACGGCUACACGGCGGCACUCUUCUGUGCCGCCAUCAUCUACUGCCUGCUGCCCAAUGUGACGCCCGUCAACCAGACCUUCUUUCUGGGCAGUGGGUGCAUGCACUUCGGCAGUCUGCUCCUGCCCACCGCACUGGCCCACUGCUUCGCCGAUGAUGUAUGGAGACUGCAGACUGAGGUCAUGUGCACUCCUCUUGGGAAAGAGCCACCAAAGGUUGUGCAAAAAGUCUCUCUACUGGUGAACACAUUGGAGCGAGAAGAUUACUUGUUCAGCAUCAACGAUUACUUCAACGUGAACCUGCGGACAUUCACGAGCAUAAUUGGCGCAGCACUGAUGUACACGGUUUUCCUGGUGCAGACGAGUAGGCCACCUGUCGAAGGCAGUGGGCAACACUGACACUCUAUGACCGCAAUGCCAUAAACGUCACCAAUUGCUUGCCACACAGAAAACAAGUGCACGCGUUGGAACGAAUGUCGAAGGACUCGCACUGUCUGUACCCACUCACAAGUGGUCGUUAGAAAACAGGAAAUUCUCUUUCACCAAGCGCACUUGCCAAGAAGCGACAGAAGAAGCGACACAAGGCUUUAAAAAAUCUCGCACCAGCACGAACAGU